AUGUGGGCGUGCCUCAGCCUGCUCCUCACUCUCUGCCUGCUCCACGGGGGCGGGGCAGAGAGUGAGGGGGGAGGGCCCCGCUGUCAGCUGCCGCCACCCUGGAAGGUUGGAGAGGUGGAUCCAAUGAAGGGGGCAAUGGGCCAGGUGACAGUGGUGGCACUUUUCCAGGCCAGCUGACUGUUCUGUUUGGUGCAGGCGUCCAGACUGGAUGGCCUGCGCCAGAAGCUGGAGAGUCAGGGUCUGAGGAAUGUGGUCUAUAUGGUGAUCAACCACCAGGGGGAGCAAGCACAACGCCUGCACCCCCUGCUGGCUCAGAAACUGUCACAGAACAUUGCACUGUAUAAACAGGAGGAGCAGCAGGCUGAUGUCUGGCAGACACUGGGAGGAGAAAAGGACGACUUUUUCAUUUAUGACAGGUGUGGCCGUCUCACCCACCACAUUUCACUUCCAUACUCCAUCAUUGGACAAGGCCAUGUUGAAACUGCAAUUAAAGAAACCUACUGCAAACGCAUAUGUGGAGACUGCAUACAUGAGAGCUCAGAGGACCCAGAGGAAUGCAGAGAGAGAGCAGAUGCUCAGCCUGACGCAGAUGGAACACCAGCUGUAGACGGAGCCACCGGACAUGAUGACCACGGUCAUGGUCAUCACCAUGGACAUCACCAUGGUCAUGGCCACGGUCAUCAUGGGGGCCAUGGUCAUGGUCAUGGUAAUGAUCAUGGCCAACACCAUGGAAAUCAUCAUGGUGCUGGCCAUGACCAUGGACAAGGUCCAAGUGAGCAAGGCAUUGGACCCCAGGAACAGGAUGGUCAAGUAGUUCAGACACCACAACAUUUAGAUUUUAGCCAUAUGCAGCUAGUAGCGGACAUGCCGCAAAAGCCUCAGGGGGCACAGGGGGCCCCUGUGAUGCAGAGGCCAUGAGUAGCAGAGAAGACUAAAUGAAAGUCAAAGCACAGCUGACAGUGGGCAGCCGGCUCUGACAAUGACGCCGCCCCCCAGGCCAGCUGAUGCUGACACUGACGAAGGCUGUUUGGCGAAGCAGGGAGUGAGCAGCCGGUCAGUCUCUGACACUGUGAUGAGGCACUUCCUGCCUCCUGUCAGUGACAGGGGCUGAUGGGCGAUGCAGCCACUGCUGUUAGGGAAACCUGACAGUGACGCUCGCCUCCUGCUGCCUGACAGCAGCCUCAGCCGGCCGAAUGAGCCUGACCUCCAGGUGUUGUGAGCUGAGGAUGAGACCAGAUUUAAGCUGGCUUUGAUAUCAUCCUCAUAUUAACACCAGCCACCAACACCAGAGCGAAGUGCUCUUUUUACCAACAAGUAUUACUCUGAGAGGGGAUGGGGAAGUUCCUGACAUGGAUGUUGGACAGAUGAAAACAGAUGAAGACUAUUGUCAAAAUAAAACUAAAAAAUUAAGGUAAAAGAAUACACCAGAUAGGUUUUAGUGGUAUAAACUGAUUGGCUUAAAGAACGUAUGCUGUGUUUCACCUGUCCUACCAUGUCUGUGGGUUGCUCUCAUCCUUUCUCCAGAGUGUGUAUUGCUGUCAUGUUCUUUAGUUGCACCCUCCAUUUUGCUCUUUUCAUCCUUUAUGAAGACAGGCACAUAAACUAUGACCUAGUGGUGUCUGUCUGAAGUCAGGCAGGACAGAGAGGAGAGGGUAGUUCAGGAACAUGAGAGAUAAUUAAAAAAUAUCGUAUCAGUUCUGAAGGCCUUUAACUGAACAUAAAGACGAGUUAUCAUCAGAAAAAAAAUAAAAUGUUGAAGGAAGUAUUAGAUUACAUUUAGAAACUACUAUAAAUCUUUGAGGAAUGUUGCAGUUUAUAUUCUAUAUCUGUUGGGAAACCUGAAGGCACUCAGCCAUUUCUGGGAAAAUAGAGCUCUAGAAAUGGAUAUAUUUCAUACCAAGCAAGAUGAGAUUAUAUCUUGAAUAUGCUAUUGAUCAUAUUUCUUAAACACAUCUGUUGGCAGAAACUAGUAAAAAUAGCACCCUCUUCUGUAUUUGUCAUAAGCUUUGUGAAAUCUCAGGUGCAUCUUUUACCACAUUUAGCAAACACGUUAUAUAUGUGUUCCUAGCAUUUCUUGCUUAUUUUAACUUUUUGUUUUUUAGACUAGCUACGUAGCUUACAAAUUUCAUGUAUUAAUGAGAGACUUGUGAAAAAAUAAAAACACAAAGCUCUAUAGUUUGGAAAAAUGUAGAAGGAAGUGGUUGACUGAGAGGUGAAUGAAUACAUUUUGCACCUUAUGACGGUUUCAGGGGGAAGAUAAAAAUCACCCUAAAAACCUGAUGCUUGUGCAGAAACUUGUAUUGUGUUGAGGUUUUUAUACGUGGAUAAGCAGAGAUGAAUAAAGAUGGCUGAGUUUUGUUUUUAAUGUGUGUGUGUUUUUGUAUGGUUAAGCAGCAUUCACCAAAUAAAGUCCAGUACAUAAUCGA